AGGAUGAGAAAAUGGCGCAUUCGUUUACUCCACCAGGACCUAAAAGUUUCCGUAAGUUCACCCGUGAAUCACUUGAGGCCAUCGAGAGCCGGAUCGCUGAGGAGAAUGCCAGGAAGUCCAAGGACAAGCAGGAGAGAAAUAAAGACGAUGAAUGCAGAAGAAAACCCAACAGCGGCCUGGCGGUUGGGAAAAAUCUGCCCUUCAUAUACGGAGACGUUCCCAGAGGACUGGUGUCCACACCACUGGAGGACCUGGACCAGUUCUACAGCAGUCAGGCAACUUUUAUAGUAGUGAACAAAAAAAAGACAAUCAGCCGUUUCAACGCUGCUCCUGCCUUGUAUAUCUUCAGUCCCUUCAACCUUCUGAGAAGAAUAUCAGUUAAGAUUUUGGUGCAUUCAUUGUUCAGUAUGUUUAUAAUGUUCACUAUACUGGCAAACUGCGCUUUCAUGGUCUACUCACAGCCUCCAGACUGGGCCAAGAAUGUAGAGUAUACCUUCACUGGGAUAUACACUUUUGAAGCACUUAUAAAGAUCAUCGCCAGGGGAUUCUGUGUGGGACAGUUUACGUUUCUCAGAGAUCCGUGGAACUGGUUGGAUUUUAUGGUUAUAGUCAUGGCAUAUGUAACAGAGUUUGAGGAUCUGGGUAGUGUGUCUGUGCUGCGAGCGUUCAGAGUUCUUCGAGCCCUGAAAACUAUAUCGGUCAUCCCAGGUAAUCAUUAUAUCCAAUCAGGAAAGAAAGAUGCUAUGAUCUGUGGGAAAAGCAGUGAUGCUGGGCAGUGUCCAGAAAACCAUGUCUGUAUAAAAGCAGGUCCCAAUCCAGAUUAUGGUUACACAAGCUUUGAUUCCUUUGGCUGGGCCUUCCUUGCCUUAUUCAGACUGAUGACUCAAGACUACUGGGAGAAUCUUUACCAACAGACUCUUCGGGCUGCAGGAAAAACCUACAUGAUUUUUUUCAUGCUGGUCAUUUUCUUGGGAUCCUUCUACCUGGUGAAUCUGAUCCUGGCUGUGGUUGCCUUGGCAUAUGAUGAACAAAAUCAAGCCACUAUUGAUGAGGCUUUGAAGAAAGAGGAGGAGUUUAAUGCCAUGCUCCAGCAGCUGAUGAGACAGGAAGAGGAAGCUCAGGCUGCAGCUGAAGCAUCCAAGUGUGAUGGGCUGAGUGGAGAAAAGACAGACUCUUCCUCGGAUGCCUCCAAACUCAGUUCCAAAAGUGCCAAAGAAAGACGCAACCGCAGGAAAAAGAAACAGCGUCAGGGGGAAGGCGAGAAAGAGGAGGAUUCCAACAGGGAGGGAACUGAUAGAAAGGUCAGCUUCCGUUUUCCAGCUGAUGGAAAAAUCCGGCGCUCACGUGAAAGGACUUACACGUCUCCACAUCAGUCCCCCCUGAGUUUUCAGGGCUCAGUCCUCACCCCACGUCGGGACAGCAAAGGAAGCAUCUUCAGCUUCCGCGGGCGUGUGCAUUCAGAAAACAACUACGCUGACGACGAGCGAAGCAUGUGUGAGGAGACGGGCAGCAGGAGAAACUCUUUGUUUGUACCCUCUCGAUCCGAUCCGCUUUACAGCACUCUUAGCAAAAGCAGUCUGACUCCACGUAUACUGUUGCCGUCUAAUGGAAAAGCACGAUACGUGGUCGACAGCAAUGGCAUGGUGAUAGUGUCGGGUGGAGCGUCUUCACCCAACUCGCCCUCCGGACUACUGGCACCGGAGGUGUCAAGAAAAAGAGCCACGUUUGACGACACUUGCUUUGACACAGAUGAAGAAUAUAGACGCCGAUGUGAUUCAAGGAGAUUUUCAAGGGCUUUUCUAUAUGACCAAUCAGCGAGACAGCGAGCUUUGAGCGUAGCAAGUGUCAGCAAUAUUGACCCGUCGGAGGUCUGGAAACAGAAGUGUGUGGACUACUGGUUCGAGUUUGCAGAGAGUUAUCUGAUCUGGGAUUGCAGUCCCACAUGGCUGAAGAUAAAGAAAAUUGUCCACAUGGUUAUGAUGGACCCCUUUGCAGACCUGUUUAUCACCAUUUGCAUCGUGAUAAACACAACAUUCAUGGCCAUGGAGUAUCACCCCAUGGAGGCCCCCUAUAUUAACAUGCUUUCAACUGCCAAUGUGGUUUUCAUAGCCAUCUUUACAGCAGAAAUGAUAUUCAAGAUCAUUGCGUUGGACCCGUACACUUACUUUCAGGAAGGCUGGAAUAUCUUCGACAGCAUCAUAGUUACGCUGAAUCUUCUGGAACUUUGUUUUCCUAAAAUCAGUUUUCUUAGGCCAUUCAGACUGCUGAGAGUCUUCAAACUAGCUAAGUCCUGGCCCACUCUGAACAUGCUCAUCAAGAUCAUUGGCAACUCGCUUGGCGCCUUGAGCAACCUGACGCUUGUGCUGGCCAUCAUCGUCUUCAUCUUCGCUGUGGUGGGCAUGCAACUGUUCGGGAAGAACUACAGAGACUGUGUAUGUAAGAUUUCGGAGGAUUGCACGCUUCCUCGCUGGCACAUGAACGAUUUCUUCCAUUCGUUCCUGAUCAUCUUCAGGGUGCUGUGCGGAGAGUGGAUCGAGACCAUGUGGGACUGCAUGCAAGUGUCGGAACAGGCCUUGUGCUUAAUUGUGUACAUGAUGGUCAUGGUGAUUGGAAAUCUGGUGGUUUUGAACCUGUUCCUCGCUCUGCUGCUCAGCUCAUUCAGUGCCGACAACCUCGCGGUCCCCGGAGAAGAUGUUGAAAAGAACAACCUGCAGAUAGCGGUUGGUCGAAUCAAGAAAGGUUUUGCUCUAGUUAAGGCCUGCCUUCAGAAUUUCUUCCGGAGUGGCUGUAUAAGAAAGAGGAAGCCGAAAAAGAAAACCGUAGAUGGGAACAUGAUUUUGAGGAACUGCAAGGCAAUAAAUGAUAACUCCAAUCACACCUCACUAGAGCUGGUUAAAGGCACCAGCGGUACAGACAUGGAUAGUGACACAGAGGAUUUUAUCAGCAACCCAAGCUUGACCGUCAGUGUCCCGAUCGCUGUCGAGGAGUCAGACUUUGAGUGCCUCAACACUGAGGAUUUCUGUAGCCUUUCUUCAGACCUAGAGGAUAAAGAGAAGCUGUCUGACGUGGCUCCCAGCUCUUCGGAGGGCAGCACGGUGGACCUCAGACACUUCGUUAAAAAAGAUGGAGAAGAUUCUUUGGACUCUGAACUUGAGGAAUCUACUGAUCCAGAAGCCUGUUUCACAACAGGGUGUGUCCAACAGUUCCCGUGCUGCCAGGUGGAUGCUGAAAAGGGCAUGUGGAAGAAAUGGUGGCUGCUGAGACAGACAUGCUAUAACAUAGUGGAGCACAGCUGGUUUGAGACCUUCAUCGUCUUCAUGAUUCUGCUUAGCAGUGGCGCUCUGGCACUUGAGGACAUUUACCUUGACUCAAGGAAAACCAUAAAGACCAUACUGGAAUUUGCUGAUAAAGUUUUCACCUACAUCUUCAUUCUCGAGAUGCUGCUGAAAUGGGUCGCGUAUGGUUUUGUCAAAUACUUCACCAAUCUCUGGUGCUGGCUGGAUUUUAUUAUUGUUGAUGUCUCUCUGAUCAGCCUGGUGGCCAACGCCCUGUGUUAUUCAGAGCUGGGCGCCAUCAAAUCUCUCCGAACCCUGAGAGCCUUCCGACCACUCCGAGCUCUCUCACGCUUUGAGGGAAUGAGGGUGGUUGUGAAUGCUCUUCUGGGCGCCAUCCCCUCCAUCAUGAACGUCCUGCUGGUCUGCCUCAUCUUCUGGCUCAUUUUUAGCAUUGUGGGCGUCAACUACUUCGCCGGAAAGUUUUACGAAUGUGUAAACCAAACCUCGGGAAAGCGCAUGUCUAUCGCAGAUAUCGGUAAUAAAACGGAUUGUCUCAACAGCCCCAAUGACCUCGUCUGGAGAAAUGUGAAGAUUAACUUUGACAAUGUAGGAAAUGGAUACCUGGCCCUGCUACAAGUGGCCACUUUUAAAGGGUGGAUGCCCAUUAUGCAUGCAGCGGUAGACUCUCGCAGUGUAAAUGUUCAACCAAAGUAUGAGGACUCUCUGUAUAUGUACCUCUAUUUUGUCAUCUUCAUCAUCCUUGGAGCUUUUUUCACAUUAAAUCUCUUCAUUGGCGUCAUCAUUGACAACUUCAAUCAGCAGAAGAAAAAGUUUGGGGGUCAGGAUAUUUUCAUGACAGAAGAGCAGAAGAAAUACUACAACGCUAUGAAGAAGCUCGGCUCAAAGAAACCUCAAAAACCCAUUCCAAGGCCAAAAAACAAGAUUCAAGGAUUCAUCUUUGACCUCGUAACCAACCAGGCCUUUGACAUUUUCAUUAUGGUCCUUAUCUGGCUCAAUAUGGUCACUAUGAUGGUGGAGACGGAUGAUCAAUCUAAGGAAAUGGGCAAAGUGCUGCAGUGGGCCAAUGUUGGUUUCAUUGUGCUCUUCACCAGCGAAUGUGUGCUAAAGAUGGCUGCGCUACGGCAGUACUUCUUCACCGUCAGCUGGAAUGUAUUCGACUUUAUCGUGGUCAUCCUGUCUAUAGCUGGCAUGUUCCUGGCACAAGUCAUUAAGAAGUACUUUGUCUCGCCCACCUUGUUUCGCGUCAUUCGCCUCGCCCGGAUCGGCCGCGUGCUACGUCUUAUCCGAGGCGCCAAGGGAAUACGGACCCUUCUGUUUGCGUUGAUGAUGUCACUUCCUGCCCUUUUCAACAUCGGACUUCUUCUCUUCCUUGUCAUGUUCAUCUACGCCAUCUUCGGCAUGUCCAACUUCGCCUACGUCAAAAAAUCGGGCGGCAUCGACGACAUGUUCAACUUCGAGACGUUUGGCAACAGCAUGUUGUGUUUGUUUCAGAUCACCACCUCGGCAGGCUGGGACGGCCUUCUGGCACCCAUGUUAAAUACCAAUGAAUCCGAAUGCAACCCGAAUAAAACCUUCCCUGGCAGCCAGGUUAAAGGCGACUGCGGGAACCCGCCCAUCGGGAUUUUCUUCUUCGUCAGCUACAUUAUCAUAUGCUUCCUGAUCGUGGUGAACAUGUACAUCGCCGUCAUCCUGGAGAACUUCAGCGUGGCCACCGAGGAGAGCGCCGAGCCUUUGAGCGAAGAUGACUUCAAUAGGUUUUACGAGGUUUGGGAGAAGUUUGACCCGAAAGCCACGCAGUUCAUGGAUUACGACAAGUUGUCAGACUUCGCCAAUUCUCUGGAUCCGCCUCUGCGAAUCCCCAAGCCCAACCGACUGCAGCUGAUCUCCAUGGAUCUGCCGAUGGUGAGCGGCGAACGCAUCCACUGUCUGGAUAUCUUGUUCGAAUUCACCAAACGGGUUCUCGGGGAAGGUGGCGAGAUGGACAUCCUUCACAGACAAAUGGAAGACCGAUUCAUGGCCGCCAACCCCUCAAAGUCCUCUUAUGAGCCCAUCACCACAACCCUGCGCAGGAAGCAUGAAGAUAUGUCUGCUGCGAUCAUCCAGAGAGCCUAUAGGAACCACAUAGUCCGACAUAGUAUGAAGAAGAUCCGUAAUGUGUACAGAAAGACCAGGCAGCAAAACGGGAAGGUCCCGAGUAAAGAAUCUGUUGACAAUGAAAUGUGCGAGGAUGACAGCGCUUUGGAAAACUCUGAUGCAACGCCCGCCACGUCCUCUCCGCUGUCGUAUGAUAGCCUGACGCAGAACGCCACAAACAAAUACAAGAAGGACAAACAUGAGAAGGAAGUGGAAGACAAAGGAAACGGCGUUUAG